AUGACGCUGCUUAACCUACAAAUAUUGUUACUCGUAAUUUUGGUGUUUACACAGCCGAAAGAAGAUGCGGUAGCUGCAAUGAUUCUUUCAGCAAAUUCAACGAAUACAAUAACUGAAGGAAAAACAAGUGCGGCAACCCCAGUGAACGCUACGGCAAUAUCAUUAAAUGCAUCAGGUAAUCUUACUGAAAGUGAAACAACAUCCUCUCAAAAUACAAGUCCGACUUCCAUUACCGUUGCGGAACUAACAACAAGUAAGAGAAGUAGGUAUACGUGUUAG